CAGACUGGCACUGCCACAGUGAAAAUGGACCAGGAGUCUGAAGACAUAAAUUCAGAGGGCCGGUGGCAGAAACUCUACUUAGAAAUCAGGAAUCAGUCCCACGAGUGCUCCUAUAAGGUGGCAAAGUAUCCAGAGAAUCGCAACCGAAACAGAUACAGAGAUGUCAGUCCAUUUGAUCACAGCCGGGUGAAGCUGGAGAACACAGAAAAUGACUACAUCAACGCAAGCUUGGUAGUGAUGGAGGAAGCCCAGAGAAGCUACAUAUUGACUCAGGGCCCCCUCAGAAAUACCUGUGGCCACUUUUGGCUCAUGAUCUGGGAGCAGAAGACCAAGGCAGUCAUCAUGCUCAAUAGGGUCAUAGAGAAAGGCUCAGAAAAGUGUGCCCAGUACUGGCCCACAUCUGAGGAGAGGGAGAUGACCUUCAGAGACACACGUUUCUCGGUCACGCUGUUGUCAGAGGACACCAAGUCUUAUUACACCACCAGAGUGUUGGAGCUGCAGAAUAUUAAUACGGGGGAGAAGAGAGAGAUCUACCACUUUCAUUACACCACAUGGCCUGAUUUUGGUGUCCCAGAGUCCCCAGCGUCCUUCCUAAACUUCCUUUUCAAGGUGCGGGAGUCGGGAGCGCUGGGGGUUGACCACGGGCCGGCUGUGGUGCACUGCAGUGCUGGAAUUGGACGCUCAGGGACGUUUUCAUUAGUCGACACGUGUCUAGUCCUGAUGGACAAGAGGAAAGACCCGUCAUCAGUGGACAUCAAAAGCAUCCUGUUGGACAUGAGGAAGUACCGCAUGGGCCUGAUCCAGACUCCAGACCAGCUACGCUUCUCCUACAUGGCUGUCCUCGAAGGAGCCAAGUACAUUAUGGGAGACUCGUCUGUACAGAACCGAUGGCGGGAGCUGUCCAGGGAAGAUCAGGAGCCGACUUCUGAGUCCCGCCCGUCAUCUCAGCCUCAGGCCAGGUGUCCGACAGAGCGAUACAACGGCAGCCAGCGGGCAGGUCAACUGGAGGAAGGAGGAGACUACAGGCAGGACAGCAAAGUAUCCACCCAGUCUCCCUGCAAGGAACAGGACCUGGACAGCAGCACAACACCCAAACGACGCAGAGAAGACAGUAUCUCCAAAUCAGGCACAGCCAAAACACCCCAAAGCAAGCCCAGGACAAAUGACUCAGAGAAGAAGAGAAAAAGGCUGAAAACCAGUGACUGAUAACCACAUCCAACUGCGGCGACAUGACUACAGCUCUGGCAGUAAAGCCAACAUCGGCAGGGAACUCCAGCUCUCUCCUGUGAAGGAGCUCUCUCCUCCUCCUCUUCCUCAACUCCAAACCACUCUUCAUCACCUCCACUUCAACAGCCAGCUCUCAAUCUGUUUUUUUUUUUUUUUUUUUUUCGUCCCAGCCCAACAGCAUUAUUCAUCCAUCACGCACCUCCCUCUUGUUACUCAUGUCACUCCCACAUCCUCCCCAGCCCCCCACGUCACAGCUUGUCCAUAUCUCCUCUUCCUCUCUAAACUGUUUACAGCAGACACUUUGACAUUCUUUGAAAAGAGCACAUCUAAAAAGACAAACACACCAGCGCUUUACCCCCACCCCCCUCCCCAAAGCCACACCUCAGCCACCAACUGCGCUGCUCUUGGAGUCACAAAAUCAUUUUUUUGCUUUAAUUAUUAUUAAUUAUUUGCAGCUUUGUCUUUCUCCUAUGCUUCUUUGCAUAUAUGAAAUUAAGAAGGAAAAUAGGGGCUAUGCAUUGCCAAUUUCUAAUGGUGUUCAUAUGUGUAUUUUUAGAAAACCUUUUUUCAGAGAAAAAAUAAAAUGUUCUAUUUUUUAUAUGAGAUUACUUGAAGUUUUUCACAGUGAUGGGGGGUUGGUUAAAUGAAAAGCUCUGCCACCUCCCACAUGAGAAAUUCAGUGGCAUGUAAUGUUUUCAUGAUGUAAAUAGUGUUCUUUUUAAAAGAUGUGUGUAAAGACAUAUUUUUGCUUGUUAAAAAAAAGACACAGGACAAUGUUACAGAUUUGAAUAGAGUAGAAAGCUGAUUUGAUGACUUGUUCUCCUUUUGAAAUGAAUUUGUCUUAAGUUUUUCUCUUCUCUUAGAGUGUAAUCUACAAAUAAAACUGGUAUCAUCUAGUUUACAUAACAA